GGCAGAGAGAAACUCCUGAACGUCCUGGACGCACCUCCCGUCGCCGCCAUCCGUCGGUCACCGUCGCUGUUGCCGUCGAUCACUGCGUCACGUUCUGCUAAGCACGGCCUGCACGCUACAUCUCAGACCUAUCCAUUCCUCGGCCUGCUAAAACGGUCUGCCGGCGACCCGUAACCACCAACUGCGGACCAGGCUGUUCCGAAUAAGCAGCUGUCUAUCCAGCUACAACGGAACAUAUCUACCACUUCACCCUUUGCUUUACAACCUGUUUCAUUGCCUAGGCGGGGGUGUAUGUGGAAGGAACGGUUACAGCAGCUCGGCCAGCGUCGCAAUCACAACAAACGAGGUAGUAAUCACAGAGACCGCAACUCUCGUCUUCGUGCAAAUACGACCCCCGCAGUCACUUCCGACGAUCUUGCGUCGGCCCGCGAGUUUACUAUCGUUUCUCGUCCUGCCCCGCCUGGCAGAGUUUCUACCAUGGAUUCGGCUGGUCUUCAUCCUAUACCUCCCUCCAAGGUCAAUCUCAAGGCCUGGUGGAACCACUUCAACUUUGCACAGAAAGCAAAGAAGGAGGCCGAAGAGAAGAAAGGCCAGAACGUGGUGUUUGGCAAACCCUUGAAGGAGAGCUUGAGGUAUGCCAGUGUGCAGAUUUCUACCGCGAACUCAAACGGCGACCUGUACGUGUGGGGCUACGUACCAGUAGUUGUUGCGAAAUGGUACGCUGUGUUUCUACUCAUGCUCAAUGUGCGCAUAUUUACAUGCGUCCUCAGUGGUUUGUACCUGAAGGAGAACGCGACUGAGGUACAAGGUACAUUCCGGAUAAGCGGUUCUGCCAAGCGCAUGCGAGAUCUGCAGGCAGAAUUCGAAAAGCCACCAAGGAACCUCGACUGGAAGAAGGAGCAUUACACGGCUCAUGACGUCGCAAGUGUGUUUAGACGAUACCUGACGCAAAUGCCUGAACCAGUAAUUCCUUAUGACAUGUACCAUAGCUUUCGCGAUGCUCUAGCUAAGAAGCCGUAUAAUCAAGACGAGGUCAUUGCUACCUACAAGCGGCUCAUUCGCUCAUUACCUCGAGCAAAUCAGUACCUCUUGCUGUAUGUCCUCGAUCUGCUUCACGUCUUCUCACGUAAAGCGGACAAGAACCUCAUGGAUGCAAAGAACUUGGCCGUCAUCUUUCGGCCAGCAUUGCUUUCCCACCCAUCGCACGAACUGUCGCCCAGAGAACAUCAGCUGAGCCAGGAUGUAUUGGAGUUCUUGAUUCACCAUCAAGAUUGGUUUAUGCUUGACAUACCACCAGCUCCGGUGGCGGCUCAGAGUAGUACCGGAGCCCCAUUGUCUUCGGGAAUGGCUGAGGCGGUCGACUUCAUGCCAAGUUCAGAUGAAGAUCAGCCAGGUGGAUGGAAGUUGAUCGAUAAAGAUACACUUGGGAGCCGGCGGAUAUCGAGAAGGAGAACGACAACGGAGCGCUCUGGCGAUUCGGCGGGCAAAGGCAGGGAAGGUCCAGAUUUAUCGCCAGUAAUGGAGUCACCUCCGUCAAGAUCUUCAAGUCUUCGAACAGCAACAACGAUUUCACGCAGUCGGACAUUGCCAUCCUCGAAAACUCGUCUAGAAGGCACUGCUAGGGAGGAGGAGCGACACACAAAGCUACUCAAGAAACAAAAACGAGCUUCUAUGCAGCAGCAACGAGCGCUUGCUGCGCUUGCGCCUGCUGGAUAGCGUCGCUCCUCCUUACCACUCUAGAUUUUUUCCCGCCUUCAUACGGUCGACGUACGAUUUGAAACGCUUUGCCAUGUCUUUCGCUUUUGCCACCUCUUGUGUAUAACCCCGUUCACACAUUCCUAUCCCCAUUGUACUUCGCUGUUAUACCCCAAUCCCCCUCGCCAUAGUGCUUAUACUCAGUUGUUUUUAUAGUUCGCAGUGGACUUUGUUAUAUUAUAGAUGAGGAUGGCUACUGGAUGUGUUGAGGGGUUCAUUGCUACUCAUACCUAUUUUAUGUGAUACGUGCGGCGCGCUCGAUCAUGUUCGCUAACGGACUAUAGUCGUACUCUAGUUAACAUUGCUUUUACAUGCCUUCUGUUUUAACGCUCUUUGAUUUCGGUGUACGGUAUACUUCGCUGGACGCGCGCAUGCGCAAGUUUAUGUAGAUGUCUUGAAGCUCAAUGCGUAUGUGGUACCAAUCUCGUUCGAUCGCUCAGCUAAAAGCCAAAAGACCCAUUUCAUUCCCAGAU